UUGAAUUCUGUGAGAGGUUUCGAAGUUGUAGAUGAGAUUAAGGCUGAAGUGGACAGAGUUUGUGGACGCCCCGUGGUCUCUUGUGCUGAUAUCUUAGCGGUGGCUGCUCGAGAUUCCGUAGUUGCGCUUGGAGGUCCGGCAUGGAAGGUUCGUUUGGGUAGGAGAGACUCAACCAAGGCUAGUAGGGCCUUAGCCGACAGUGUGCUUCCAUCGGCUUCAAUGGAUCUUCCUGCAUUGAUCAACAACUUCAAGAACCAGGGAUUGAACCAGAGAGAUCUUGUAGCUCUCUCCGGUGGACACACCAUUGGCUUAUCAAGAUGUUUAAUCUUUAGGAACAGAAUUUACAAUGCAACCAAUAUUGACCCUGCCUUUGCCAAACAGCGUAGAGCCACUUGCCCACGCACCGGAGGGAACACUAAUCUCGCUCCUUUCGAUUCUACACCUGUCAAGUUUGACACUGCAUACUUCAGCAACCUAGUGAAGGAAAGGGGACUACUCACCUCAGAUCAGGCUCUUUUCAAUGGCGGCUCCACCGAUAAACUUGUAAAGACUUACAGCUUGAACCCUGAUGCUUUCUGGAAUGAUUUUGCAAAGUCUAUGAUUAGGAUGGGAAACAUUAAGCCUUUAACCGGAAAACAAGGACAGAUUCGUAUCAACUGCAGGAUGGCAAAUUGAUGACAAUCUCAACAUCAACUAAUUCUUGUUAUUUUAU